ACAGGAUCUGCUUCGAUAAAAUGUUAAUGUUCUCCUGAACCUUUAAUAGAACCUGUCUGGUAAACUGCUUCUUCCACUCUAGAACCCUAAAUCUGUGCAUUUGCAAGUUUACACUAACUGAACCAUGGCAGCUUGGAACAGAGAACCUGAGGGAAGAACACAGUGUGGAAGCUUCAAACGUGAGAAUUAGUGUUCCUUCCUGGCACUGAGCUCACCGUGUUCCCCUUCAGCAGAUGCUUCUUGUAUUGCCUCCAGCAGGCUGUGCACUGUUAGGUGUAAUCCUGCCCCCUGGUGGCCUUUAAAAGUCGAUUAGAUCCUAGUAUACAUACCAGGUCAACGGAGGAGAUGAAUGAUUGCUCAUCUAACUAAUAAAUCAGAAUUACACAAAAGACAGAAACGAAAAAGUGAAAAUAUUCAAAUCAUAAAAAUGUCUCCUUUCUUCCUUCUUAUUGCAUUUGAAAAUGCCAUGAGUAAUGGACUCCCUCAAUCACAAGGCCCUCUGUCAUGCUUUCAGUUCUAGAAAUAUUCUUUUAUAGUUUUAAGUUCACCUCUUCAUCACCUUCACUGCUUUGAGUUCUUUCCUCUUCUGGAUCUCAACACUGAUGGAGGAAUGGGGAUGCUUUUGGCACAGCAGUUUCACAAAGACAUUUCAAAAUAAAAGCAUCUGUUUGAUGAAUCAACUCUGGAACCAAACAUGGAGAAAAAUACUUUAAUAUUUUAUCUUUUCUUCUGGAUGACUGUAAAUAUCAGUUCACGUUUUGAUCUUUUGAAAAAGAGACAAUCUUUUUUUCCCCUGGCAAAUAAAUGUUAUUGUGUGACUUGAGGCGCCUGAACCUGAAUCAUUUUUGUCUGCAGACACGUUUCAUUUUAGAACAUUUGAGAAAUGUUUGGCCAUUAAAUGAUCCUGGAGGUCAGAUUGAGUUGGUAGAAAAACCUCAGACUUCCUGAAUAAUUUUAAAUGUUUGAAAUUGAGAUUCUGUAAGGAGAAACAAAAACAACUGACCCACUGUUUCUUCUCCUUCCAUGUGUGUUUUUUUGGCUGAUGGCUUACAGUGUUGAGGUGCAUUACCGCCACCUACUGGUUUGGAGAGUGGGUCAGAAUGUCAACCCACUAAUUCCCUUAUAUUUUAGUCAUUAAUUUUGUCUGCUUAAAAAAAGAAAUUAAAAACGGAAAACUGCUGGUCUUACUCAAAAUAUCUGUUAUUCUCCCAUUUUAUAUCUUAUCUUCAAGACACAUCCCUUCAUCAACUGCCUCUGAACAGAGAACUUCCCACAAACCAUCUACGAGAACCAGAUGGUUUGUGUUACCUAUGUGGAUCAGAACUAUACAGAGGAGUUCUGAAAGAACUAAUAUUUUAAAAUCUGUUCUACAAUGAUAUGGGAUCGCUAAACCUUCUGCUGGUGUGGAUCGAGCUAGUUCUGGUUCUGAGCAGCCUGGAGAUGUUCCCCAGCUGGUUGAAACGUUUCUGGUUUACAUUUUUACAAAGUCACUGUGUAACAUUUGUGAGAUAAUGAUGAACAUCACUCUGAGCUUAACUGAAGGAAAUGAACAUGAACCACUGAUGGAUGCAGGUCAGACAGACUAGCAGAACUGUCUAUGUGAGUCAGAAGAAUGAAAUGAGCAGUAGGAUGUCAUCAGCAUAGAGGAUGUAAAGGUCCAUGAAUCAGCUGAUCGACUGUUCUGAAGGCAGCUUGUUCAACAGCAUCCUUAUGUCAUUUCUCACCAUUAUUAAAGUUCUAUCAUUAGAAAGAUUAAAACUGAUAAGAACGUCAAGCUUCUCCACAAAUCCACCAUCCAGAUCCUGAUGGAUCAGAGGAAUAUGAUCGAUCGUCUCGCUCAUCAUUAUAAGAUCAUUUGGUUUAGUUUAACAGCAGUUCCGAUGCAACCACUGGGGGCGCUCUAGCACACUAAAUUGUUUCAACCAGAUCCACAGCAAGAAUUGGGUUUGAUGAUUUUUGCCGACUUGAAUCUAUGAAAGACUCAGACCUAAACUGGCAUCUGAAAAUGGAUCAAGACUGGAGCUUGGACCUGGAUCUGGUCCCAACUCUGCAAGUGACCUGUUGUGACGUUCUCCAUCUGCUGCAGACUUGGCCUUCUUUCCUGACGUUUGAAAGUCAUGAGCAGGUUUAGGAUUCAUGAACAUUCCUGUUUUCUUUCCCUCCAAGAACCAAUCAGACUUUGUCCAUGAGAUGUUUGUCUUUUGGAGGAGAUGAAGGAAACAGCAGCAGCCCUCAAACAGCUGACCUCUUUUAGAUGGACUUUGAGCUCUCGCCGCCGCUGUACCUUUUACAACACAGCGUGUAUUCUGGGUCAUGUUUUUACACAUACUUCCUCCUCUGCAGCUGACAACCAGAGCGUGCAGAGACAUCAGGAGCUUCUGACCUUCGCCGCACAUCAUCAUGGAGCACCGGCUCUGCUUCCUUUCCAUGCUCGCUAUUCUGUCCUCCUCUGGAGCACAAUACAAUCCUCUCUCAUUGGUCCGGAUGAUUUCAACCUCAAGCACUUCAGUUUCCAUGGAAACCAAGACUACUGUGACCCCAUUUGUUCCAACUGAGACUCCCACUGACCCCAACACAGACUUGACUGAUGUCACUGACUUCAACACAGAUCCCCCAACUACGGCUAUGAACACCAUAGAGCCACCUGGUCCCACUGACACCAACACAGACUUGACUGACGUCACCAGAUCUACUGCCAACCCCUUCCUUACACCUGUGACUACAAUGGACUCCACCACCCCCACACAACCCUAUUCUCCCACUCCUGGCACAACUGAAGCUUCAGGCAGUACUGUCACCUCCUCAGAGGGUGUUACUGAACCCUCACAGAGUACUUUUAGUACAACAACUAGGCCCAAUGAAUCUCCUACCAGUAUUGGACCAACUACUGUGAACUUGACACCAGAGUCCACCAAUAAUACUGACUUCACAAAUGCAACUCAAGGAACUCCCUCGACCACACUCAGCACCACACCGAUAUUCUCCCACACCACGCCGGACUUUAUUACAAUUAGCUUCACAACCAACUCAACUACUCAGAUUUCAACAUCAACUCCAACUAUUGGUGCUACUGCGUCUACUCUGGCCCCCACCCCUUUUGUCUGUGACAAUGGUGGGACAGCACUAGAGAAUAUGAUCUGCAUCUGCCCGGAUGAGUGGACAGGACCAACGUGUUCACUACAAAACUUCUGCAACACCACAAAGGUCGGAGAAUUUCAAUUCCCACGCACAUUAGUAGGCUUCUUUGCAUAUUCUGAAAGGACGUGUCCUGAUGGAACAAGUGGUGCUGGAAAACCUCAAGCUUCAGCCAGAUGCGUGUUCACAGGACAAGCCCCUGGAUUCAGUCAUGUUCAGGUCCUUCAGUGUGACCAGACGCUGAACGACAUCCUGCAAAAUCUAACCAGCACAGCCGAUCUAGAGGUGCUGGCCUCCAGCACACAGAUUCUGACCUCCAAACCAGAAGAGUUGAAGUCUGAAAACAUAACAGCUGCCACUCAGAUAGCCAACACUUUGCUGCAGUCUCCUAACGCCACAGAGAACACCAGGGCAGCAGCCAUCGCUACAGUCAGCCAGCUGAUGAGCGCUCCAGUCAACACAGAGGAAAACAACGCCACCCAGAGUCUGACCCAAACUCUGGACAGCCUGUCUGUGAAUCUGAGCCGCAGUCACAACACAUCUCAAGUGGUUCAACCAAACCUGGUGGUCCAGUCAACCCAAAUCUUGGCAGAUGACUCUCAGGGGGUCCAGUUCUCCUCCUUGGCAGGAACGUCAGGGAAUUUUUCAGCCAACAGACUCCAGCUGAACACCAACACUCCGAAUGUGGUCGUGGAUAACGGGACAACAGUAGAAGCAUUGGUGUACUUACGAUUUCGCUCUGGUCAUUCAACAGGUCCCCGACAGACGCUGGCCAAUGUCUCUAUGGGAUUUGUCCUCUACCAGAACAACCGCUUCUUCACAUCAAAAAAGUACAGGUGGCGCCAAACUACCAUCCGGGUCCUGUCUGCCACCGUCAGGAGUGAGGAGCGCAGCGUCACGCCAGAACACGUGGAGCUGCAGUUCCGACCAGCAGUUCCUGAGGGGUUCCUGCUGCAUGACUUCUCCUGCGUUUUCUGGGAUUACAACCUUCUGGACUGGAGCACCACCGGCUGUUCUAAGAGAGAAGCUUCAGAUGGAGUUCUGCGAUGUUUUUGUAACCACACCACCAACUUCGCCGCUCUUUGGUCCUACACACAGGACUUCAAAUAUGCAGAAGCUUUGAACAUAAUCUCCAUCGUGGGAUUGUCGUUUUCCAUCCUGGGUUUGGUGGUCACCAUCCUUCACCACAUCAGAGAAAAUUUCCUCAGGAAGAGCCGGAAGCAGGGCACCAAUGUCAACUCCAGGCUGGCUCUGCUUUGCAUUUACGUCAGCCUAUUGGCUUUUAUCAUCACCUUCAUUGCUGGAGUCCAGAACCAGCCCUUGAACACGGAACCAGAGGGGGUUAAAGACAACGUCAUUCUGGACUCUGAAGAGCACGUGUGGCCCGACGCGGGGCCCUGUACGGCGGUGACUGCGCUGCAACACUUCUUCCUGUUGGCCACGUUUUCCUGGAACAGUGUGUACGGCACCCAGUUGGUGUUGCUGGUCCGCUCGAUGCGCCGCAACCUCCCGCCAUUCUGGACGCCACUGAGCAUUGCAAUGGGAUGGGGACUUCCUGCUGUCGUCAUGGCGGUGACACUGGCUGCCACCUACAGAGCAGACUCACCGUUGGGAUACCGCCAAGAGGAGUUCUGCUGGCUGGCGGGUCUGGAGAAGGAUCACUUCAGCUUCAGGAAACCGUUGUUCUGGGGCUUUCUGCUUCCAGUGGGCCUGAUCCUGAUCUACAACAUAGUUUUACUGCUCCUCACAUCCUUUAUCACCUGUCGAGGUGACCCCAACCUGAGAAGCACCCGCCACUCGUCCUUCACCAGCAAAGUUCUGGUCAGCUUGUCUCUGGCUGUGCUGCUGGGUCUCUCUUGGACUCUCGGGUACCUGGUUCUCAUACCCAAUGGAACCGCAAAGACCACCUUCAGCAUCUUGUUCUGCAUCUGCACAACAACACAGGGGGUUCAGAUCUUCAUAUUCUUUACGGCCAGAACUCCAACCUUCAGAAACGCUGUGAGGCACUCGGUCCAGUAUGCCACCUCAGUCAGAGACAACCUGAACAGCACCAAGUACCAUCUGUGGAAGAACCUGAGGGAGAGCUUUACCACGGAGACCUACAAGGACGUGAAGGAGGAAACCACCAGCCUGUAAGAAGAAGGGAAACACCAGCCUACAAGAAGGAGGGAAACACCAGCCUACAAGACGGAGGGAAACACCAGCCUGUAAGAAGGAGGGAAACACCAGCCUACAAGACGGAGGGAAACACCAGCCUGCAAGAACGAGGGAAACACCAGCCUGUAAGAGGGAGGGAAACACCAGCCUGUAAGAGGGAGGGAAACACCAGCCUGCAAGACGGAGGGAAACACCAGCCUGCAAGAACGAGGGAAACACCAGCCUGCAAGAACGAGGGAAACACCAGCCUGCAAGAAGGAGGGAAACACCAGCCUGUAAGAUGGAGGAACCAUCAGCCUGUAAGAUGGAGGAACCAUCAGCCUGUAAGAAGGAGGAACCAUCAGCCUGUAAGGAGGAGGAACCAUCAGCCUGUAAGAUGGAGGAACCAUCAGCCUGUAAGGAGGAGGAACCAUCAGCCUGUAAGAUGGAGGAACCAUCAGCCUGUAAGGAGGAACCAUCAGCCUGUAAGGAGGAGGAACCAUCAGCCUGUAAGAAGGAGGAACCAUCAGCCUGUAAGAUGGAGGAACCAUCAGCCUGUAAGAAGGAGGAACCAUCAGCCUGUAAGAAGGAGGAACCUUCAGCCUGUAAAGCGACCAUCAAGCAUGGGGUUCCACUCCAACAGAUCUAUAAAAUACCAUCGACCAGCACAGCUUAAAAUCCUGCGUUAGAUUAUUGAUUUCUGUUCAGUUUUAUCUCAUUUUUUUAUGUUUACCUGAAAGUAUUAUGUUCAUAUUUUUGUGCACAUUAUUUUUUUACAUUUUACCGUCAGUUUUUUUGAUUGUUAGAUGCUGAAUUUUCUCUACUUUUUAAAGUUUUGACUAGUCUAUUAAAGUGCAUUUUAGUUUGAAAUUCUAUUUGCAGUUUUACAUUCAAUUAAAUUUCCAUGUUUAAUCUACAGUUUUGUCUUUGAGUCUCAGUAAAGUGUUUGUGAAUAGAAAGAUUCAUGCUGAUGACAGUUUUUUUUUCUUCCAGAUAAAACUUUUAAAGAAGACUUUAACAUUUUCAGUCUUACCAAAUGGUCUUAAUUCUGAGCAAGAAUUCAGAACUUUAAUGUUGUAGUUCAGAUGAAUGGAAGAGAUAAACCUGUUUGAUGAAAGACAUGAAGCAUGUCAAGAACCAGAGAACCAAAGGAUGCUGCUGUACAUUUAGACAUGCUCUCAAAGGGAAUUUGUAAAAAAAACACUGACAAUGAUGUGAAGUAAAAAUGAAGAGUUGAUGUCAGAUUGGAAAAGUCAGUUAGUAAGUGUUUCAAAAAAAGCAUUAAGGGGGCGCUGUCGAGCCGGAUUUUCCCAGAGACGUCUAUAGAAAACACAAAAAACGGAUUUUCUCAGAAACCUUUAGAAAAAAACUAUGAGGAGUAAACCAAAUAAAACUGGAGGAACAAUCAGGAAAACAUGAACUGUUGUGAUGCUGCUGUUUUUUGUAAAAGAAAACAGAUGAGUCUGCAGGGGUGACCUCUGACCUCAGGGCCCGGUUCUGUUGCAUGACGGGCUGAAACACCGUGUGAUUGUUCUGGCUCUACCAUCAGUUUUCCCUUCUCUGCUUGAGAGGUUUUAUCCU